AUUGCUGCGCAUGUGAUGGAGCUCGAAGGGCACUUGGUGUUUGUCGACUUGCGAAUGAAUCCCCGUGCGUUUCGUCUCGGCGCUUGCUUCCGCCUUCGUCACGGGAGUGGAUUCCACCGAUGCGAUAUAUGGCCCGUGAGCGUGCAUGCCAACAGCGGCGCGAGCAGUGGCAGUUUCUAUAAAUGGUCUCCUCUCCACUUGCAUGAGCUACUCGACUCGCUCUCUCACGGCCUCCUCUGUUUCUGUGUUUUCUGUGUUGUGUGUUUUUUUACUAUGGAGUUGCAGAAGCGCAAUGGCGUCUCACUUCCGAAGAUUCUGGCGACGUGGCUGCUUCUGCUGGCGGCAUCCGCCGGCCCGGCGGAAUGCAUAAGGGAGAAUCCCAGCUUCUCCGAACAGGACGAAGGAGGCGGCGGUGGCGGAGCAGCGGAGGAGUUCCGCUACUCCGCCGCCUCCUGCCGGACGCACACGGCUUCGCUGGCCGACUUCGGCGGGGUGGGCGACGGCGUGACCUCCAACACGGCGGCGUUUGGUGACGCUGUCGCCCACCUCAGUCAGUUCGCGUCCGACGGCGGGGGGAUGCUCUUCGUCCCCGCCGGACGGUGGCUCACUGGCCCGUUCAACCUCACCAGCUCCUUCACCCUCUUCCUCCACCGCGACGCGGUCAUCCUUGCCACCCAAAACGUGAACGAGUGGCCGGUGAUUGAUCCCCUGCCUUCUUACGGCAGAGGCAGAGAUCAUCCCGGCGGACGAUACAGCAGUCUCAUCGGAGGGUCAAAUCUCACCGAUGUCAUCAUCACAGGGGACAACGGAACGAUCGAUGGACAAGGUGCGACGUGGUGGUCCAAGUUCCAUGGCAACAAGCUCAAGUACACGCGCGGAUACCUCAUCGAGCUGAUGCACUCCGAUCAAAUCUUCAUCACGAACCUCACGCUGCUGAACUCCCCUGCGUGGAACAUCCACCCGGUUUACAGCAGCAACAUUGUCAUUUCGGGGAUCACAAUUCUUGCGCCGGUCCACUCGCCGAACACCGACGGGAUCAAUCCAGACUCGUGCUCGAACGUGCGGAUCGAGGACUGCUACAUCGUGUCCGGCGACGACUGCGUGGCGAUCAAGAGCGGGUGGGACGAAUACGGCAUCGCGUACGGCAUGCCUAGCCAACACAUCCUCGUCCGGCGCCUCGUCUGCGUCUCGCCCACCAGCGCCGUCAUCGCCCUCGGCAGCGAGAUGUCGGGCGGCAUUCGCGACGUGCGCGCCGAGGACAUCACCGCCGUCAACUCCGAGUCCGGCGUCCGCAUCAAGACCGCAAUCGGCCGCGGCGCCUACGUGCGCGACGUCUUCGUCCGCCGCAUGACCCUCGACACCAUGAAGUGGGUCUUCUGGAUGACCGGCAACUACAAGUCGCACCCGGACGACAAGUACGACCCCAACGCCAUCCCCGUAGUCGACGGAAUCAGCUACAGCGAUGUCACGGCGGUGAACGUGACGAUGGCGGCGAGACUGGAGGGCAUUCCCGGCGCGCCCUUCACCGGCGUCUGUAUCUCCAACGUCACCGUCGCGCUGCGGAAGGCGAGGAAGCUUCCGUGGUACUGCACCGACGUGGAGGGGGUGUCAAGCGGGGUGACGCCGGUAACUUGUGCUUCCUUAGCGGAUCAGGGUACUGACAACGGCGGCAGCGGCCUGUGCCCGUUCCCGACGGAUCCGGCGCCCAUGGAGGACGUGCAACUCCAAGAGUGCGCGUAUGUAAAAACUAGCUAGUAAUAUCAACUGUGUUUUGCUGCAAAUCAGAAACUAGUAGAAAUAAGAAUUAAGAAAAUACAUUUAACCA